AUGGAGGAAGCGGUGCAAAUAGUGCACCGACAGGAUGCUGUCGCCAAACAAAUGAAAAAGAUGCGUCCAAAGAAAUUUCGCUGCCAGUACUGCGACGUCGCGUUCAGCAACAACGGCCAACUUAAGGGACACGUUCGCAUACACACUGGGGAGAGACCGUUCAAAUGCGACGUGGAAUCCUGCGGAAAGUCGUUCACCAGGAACGAAGAAUUAACGCGACACAAGCGGAUCCAUACCGGUGUUCGGCCUCACUCUUGCGUCGUUUGCGGCAAACGAUUUGGACGUAAGGACCAUCUGAAGAAGCACACGAGAACCCACGAAGUUCGCGAUCCGUAUCGCGUUUCGGCGGCGGCAUUAGGCAUGUUCGCCCUGGGCCAUCCGUUUCAGCAAGCUACCGGACUUCCGCCAUACAUUUACCAGAUCUGA